UGUUUGUUUACAUCACAGUUAGCUUGACUGUGGUAAAAAGUACUGAGGGGGCGUCCGUCCAAACAGGAAGAAACUGGGAAAACACUCCUAAGUGAUGAAUUUAGCCUCUAAUGGUGGAUGUUUUAGUCCACAAGACGCGAAUAAACAAUCAGGCGGAUUUUACAAACUACUUUUUCUCCGCGUCGGAGGACUCUGGAGGCUCUCCGGUGAACUCUGCGGCUCCUGUCCGCAGUCGGCAGCGCUGUUUGGGGGCUGACGCAGGAGAGGAAGGCGGGGGGGGGGGGAGCUGUCACAGCAGCAAGGCUAGGCUAGGCUAGGCUAGGCUAGGCUAACAGCUUUAUCCCCCGGGAAACAUGGACUUGGAGAAAACUUUGUGAAGUUUAAAAAGACCACCAGCAGACUGACGUUUAAAUGGCUGCUCCGGAAUCCAACGAGAAGACAAAAAGCACAAUUUAACCGCCAAAAUACGCGUUAGCCCGGCAGCGUUAGCAUUGCUAGUUAGCCUGCUAGUUAGCUCUCAUCCAGGCUCUGACAGCGGGGAUGCAGCGGAGAGAAAAACACCCCAACAUGUAGAUAACAUCCGCAGAAAAGGACUUAACUUAGAUUUUUAUGUUAAUACAAAGCAAUUAGACAUCAAUUUAUACCGUUCGUCAUAAUUGGCACCAACUUAUGUGCGGCGAAAGACUGUAAACGCGUCAGUUAAUUGAUUUCUGAAACAUACUUUUUGGGUGGUUUUUUGUUUGUUUGUUUGUUUUAAUAGCUGAGCUAACUUUUAAUUUUCGGUGCUGUCGGUGUAGUGUGUUGUUAGCAUGGAGGCAGGGGAGCCUGGCAGCAGCUCGGAGCGGUUACAUAACGCCAGCAGGUCGGGUCAGAAGCUGCUGAACGUCGCCUCCUCAGCCUCCUCAGCCCGGCUCUGACAGCUGCAAACUGCUCCGACAACCCCGCUAACAAGACAGACACACAAACACACAGACAGACAACAACACAGCAGCAUGGAGGAGGUGUGAGUCUGCUGGGACACAGGAAACAGAAGAAACAAGACUGAACAUUCCCCCUUGAAGAUGGAUUCAAACCCGCUGAUAAACGCCAUGGACCCGUCCAUCACGCUGUGGCAGUUCCUGCUCCACCUGCUGGAGGACCAGCGGCAGCGUCACCUGAUCUCCUGGACGGGCGACGAAGGAGAGUUCAAGCUGCUGGACGCCGAGGAGGUGGCGCGACUAUGGGGGCUCCGCAAGAACAAACACAACAUGAACUACGACAAACUGAGCCGAGCGCUGAGAUACUACUACGACAAGAACAUCAUAAAGAAGGUGAGCGGUCAGAAGUUUGUUUACAAGUUCGUCAGUCAGCCCGACCCCUCGCUGCCUGACGGGAUACGUAACGGAGACGAGAGCCAGAGGAGGGACAACGCCGACCCAAACGGCCAAUCAAAAGGCCUUGUGGGCGUGGCCUCAACCUGUCCAUCAAAGGGUUUACCACAGCGCUCCUCACCCAGCAGCUCCCAGAAAAGCUCCCGUAACGACUACAUGAAGUCUGGCCUCUACUCCACCUUCACCAUCCAAUCACUGCAGGCCUCGCCCAACCCACGGCCAAUCAAAACAGAGCUGCUGCUGCAACAAGACCCCGCCUCCAAGGUGGACCUUACGGCCAGAGAGGUCUGUUUAUUAUCGGAGUCUAAAUCCUCUCCAUCAGUAGGCGGCGCUGUUGAUCCUGCUCUCCAGGUGAUCGUCACUCAGCCAUCUCCCUGUCCGACUCCAGCUCUCAGCCCCCAGAUACCUGCCAACACCUCCAGUCAAUCACAGAAUCCUCCGGCUCCUCCGCUGAACGACCCUCCCCAGAUUUAUCUCACCAGCAUCGGGGAUCCUUCCUCCCUCACCCCCCUCAUCCCCCUGGGUCCCGUCGGUGGGUCGGUGAGUCCCGUCCCUCCGCCCCACGUCGCCAUGGGCCCCCAGGUGCCGCAACAGGAUGACUGCGGGGGAGUCGCCAACACUGCCAGCUUCCCUCCUCACCCCCACGCUGCUCCUCACCAGAAUCACCCCCCGCCCGUUUUCGUCAUCAUCAACCCUCCUCCUCCUCAGCAGCAGCAGCAGCAACAACAACAGCAGCAGCAGCAACAGCAGCAGCAGCAGCAACAACAGCAGCAGCAGCAGCAGCAACAACAGCAGCAGCAGGCGGCCAUGGCGGCUGCGCCUCCCUCCGUCGCUGCUCCUUCUGCUCCAACCACCACACGUCCUCCUCCUCCCCCCAUCGUCAUCAAGGAGGAGAACCUGCCAUCAAGGGAGGAGCUGCUGGAGAUGGUGUCUCUGGAGGAGAAACAGGUUCCUCAGCUGAUCUGUGGCUCCGGGGAAGCAGAGCCCCCCCUCACCAUCGUGGAGAGCCCGCCCCCUUCCUGCCUGGAGCCUGGGGUCGGAGGUCAACAACCUGGAGGGGAGUGGGGAGCAAAGGGGGAGGCCAAGGACUCGCUAACAGAUACCUCCGUCCCUCCUGUGACAUCAUCCUCAGCGGUGACCUCGACCUCAGACGCCGUUCCUCCCAAACCAAAGAAGCCGCGGGGCCUGGAGCUGCCCUCCUCCCCCUCCCUCCCUCCCGGCCUCUCCCUGGAUAAGGUUAACGCAGCUGUUAACAGUUUAUUGGCUCCCGGAUCAGCGACCAACACGCUCACGCCGACCGUCAUCACCUCCCACGCUCUGACUCCGGUCCUGCUGACUCCCAGUCCUCUUCCCUCCACCAUCCACUUCUGGAGCACGCUCAGUCCCAUCGCUCCCCGCUCCCCCGCCAAGCUCUCCUUCCAGUUCCCCACUAACGGCAGUAAUCAGAUCCACAUCCCGGCCCUGAGCGUCGAUGGUCUCUCCACCCCGGUGGUCCUGUCCCCCGGCCCCCAGAAACCCUGAGCCCCCUUACCCACCUCGCACAGCUCCUCCGCUGGACACAGCCUCGCCUGACGGUCCCCCUUCACUCACCUCCUCCUUGGGGGAGGGCUGGAAAGAGAACUGGACCUGCCUGCACUGACUCUGAAACUCUCCACUCAAACCAGGAACCACAUAGUUUUUUUGGGGGGGGGCACCGCUGUGGCCUGACUGGUAAGACUGGGAGAUCUGAGGGGUUUUACGGGAGCCUUUCACUGGUGGAGAAUCAUCAUCGUCCAAAAAACCAGACAGGAAUCACAGUUUGGUGAAUGUCGGAGAUGUCGAUCGCCUUCGCUGAUACACUGACAGAAUAUUUUGCGGAGAGCUGCUCUCUCUGUUUUUGUUGCUACGAUGAGGUUUUGGCGCCAGUUCGCUAUAAAACCGGACAGAUUCUCUUGACUUGAACGCAUCACGAGAAGCCGACAGCGAAAAACGUUUUUUCUUCUGCUACUGAGGGCUGAAACCAACAACGAUUGUUUGAUGUAAAUGUCGGUGUGUAAACUGUGAAAAACGACAACAAAUAUCUUUGUAGUUGUCUGAUUACAGUCGGGUUUGAAAUAAAACACAAAGAGAUUCAGUUUACAGGGAGACCAAACAGAGAAAAAGCAGCAAACUGGAACCAAAUCGUGUGUUUUUACUGGAGAAAUGAGGAAAUAAUAAACAUUUAAUAUCAGAACUUUAAUUUUCUAACCGAUCAUCUGAUUGUCUGAGGACCUGAAGGACGCGACAUGUUUCCUGAAAAAGAACAUUUUAAUCUUCAUGAAUCGCUGCAGCUCCGCCUCCUGCUCAUUAAAUAUUCAUGAGGACGUGCGACGGGGAAACCGCUGAUUAAUCUCAAAUGUUUCUCGUUGGAUCUUUUUUUUUUUUGUGUUUAUUUAUUUCAGUUCCUGCUCCUUCCUCUUCAGAUGUUUCUUGACUGUUUUUACGGACGGCGGUCGUCGCGGCUCCUCGACCGUUAACGGGCGUGUGUGUUGAUUGCAGCACUCCCCGAUGACUUUCUCUUGUUUGUCAUUUUGUAAACUCACAUCUGCUGGAUUUAAAAAAAAAAACUCCUUCAGAAAUGACUUUUAGAGCCAUUUAGGGAGUUUUUUUUUUCUUGCUUCGCUCUUAUUGGCCGCUUUUUAAAAGGCCACGCCUUUCUCCAGUUAUAUGCAUGGCCUGUUAUUGACUGAACUCCUCAGCAUCAUUUUGAACUGACUAAUCACAGGAGGGAUGAUGAUGAUGAUGAUGAUGCAGAUUUUUAGCCCUGGUUCGGGAGCUUUUACUCAGCCAAGUUAUUUCUCUAUAAAAGCAUCGACGUGUUACAGAUUGUAUAUUUUCUAAAAGAGUCUUUGAAUUAGAAGAAAGUGACGAGUUUAAACUUUAA